GAGCUGGUGAAAAGACUGAGAAAAGUGGAGAACGAGAAGAUGAACUUAAUGGUGGAACACGGCAACUUGAUGAAGGACGUGAACCGGCGGCUGCAGCUCCACCUGCACGAGAUCCGCGGGCUGAAGGAGGUGAACCAGAAGUUGCAGGACGACAACCAGGAGCUGAGGGAGCUCUGCUGCUUCUUGGACGACGACCGGCAGAAGGGCAAGAAGCUGUCGAGGGAAUGGCAGCGCUUCGGGAGGCACACGGCCAGCGUGAUGUGGAAGGAGGUGGGCAUGUACCAGCAGAAGCUGAAGGACCUGGAGGCGAGGCAGGAGACCCUCCUGCGGGAGAACGUGGAGCUGAAGGAGAUGGUGCUCAUGCUGGACGAGGAGCGGAGCGGGGCCGGCUCCAAGGCUGGGGCCAUGCGGAGGUCUAUGGACGACCUGUCCGCACCCCUUCACCACCGGAGCAUCCCCAACGGCCUCAACGAUUCAUCUUCCAACUAUAUCAGGCAACUAGAAACAAAAGUGAAGCUGCUGGAGGAUGACAACAAGCUUCUUUCCCAGCAGUCCAGCACAGGAGACCUGAGGACACUGAGGAAAGGGUUGUCCCCUUACCACUCUGAGUCACAGCUCUCGUCACUGCCGCAGUAUCAAGACGCCCUGCAAAACGGACCAGCUCGCAUGACAGCUGAUCUCGUGUCUUCUCCUGCAGCGGGAUAUGUCCCUGUUGGCCAGAAACCAGAGGCCGUUGUCCAUGCUAUGAAGGUCCUUGAGGUCCAUGAAAAUUUGGACAGGCAAAUGCAAGACAACUAUGAAGAAGACCUAAGUGAAAAGGAGAAGGCGAUUGUUCGUGAAAUGUGCAAUGUUGUCUGGCGAAAGCUGGGUGAUGCUGCGAGCUCCAAACCCUCCAUCAGGCAACAUCUUUCGGGAAACCAGUUCAAGGGUCCUUUGUAG